UGGAUAGUGCAAGCAAACGCCUGGGGGCUCCUCUUCCUCUUCCUCUUCCUCCUCCUCCUCGGCGUCACCUGUCCCCGUGACACCUGGCGGGCGGCGCGUGGCGCAUGCGCGCUCCCGGGCGGCCGUGGCCUCCCCCCGCAAGGCAGAAGGAAGGUCGAGAGGAGGAUUCGGAGGAGAAACCGGCACCGGCACCGGCAGCGGCGAGGAUGCCUCGCGCGUUCCUGGUGAAGAGCAAGAGGGCGCACACUUACCGCCGGCCGCGAGCGCCGCACGACUGCGCAGGUCCGCGGAGUGAUGGUGGCCGGUGUCCCCCGCAGGAGGCACCGGAGACCGCGGAGCCGUCGCCUCCGGCCCCGAACGAGGCCGCGUCCUCUCGCACGUCCCCGGUGAGCUGCGCGCCCGACCCGGCGCCGGAGUGCGAAGGCUUGUGGAGGCCGCCGUCGCCGUCUGCUUCGCCCGUGGAUUCGCUGAAAUCUUUCUCCCCUUUGGCGGACGACGCGCCGGGCCUCUCGGUUCCCUUCCGGCCGUACGACUGGUGCGGCUACCCGCCGCCCGCCUUUCACGGCUUCUACCCCGGCCCGGCCCCGUCCGCGCACGGCUUCUACGCGGAGCACUCGCUCGGCCGCCACGCCGCCGCCUCGCUGCUCUUCCACGACGGGGGGCCCCCGCACGCCCGCCGCCGCGAGGCCCCGCCGGAUGUCGCGUGCGCCGGUCUGCUGCUCGACGGCGCCUACAAGUGUGUCAAGUGCGGCAAGGUCUUCUCCACGCCGCACGGCCUGGAGGUGCACGUCCGCCGCUCCCACAGCGGCACCAGACCGUUCGCGUGUCCCAUCUGCAGCAAAACCUUCGGCCACGGCGUCAGUCUGGAGCAGCACAAGGCCGUCCACUCGCAGGAGAGAAGCUUCGACUGCAAGAUCUGCGGCAAGAGCUUCAAGCGCUCGUCCACGCUGUCCACGCACCUUCUGAUCCACUCGGACACGCGGCCCUACGCCUGCCAGUACUGCGGCAAGCGCUUCCACCAGAAGUCGGACAUGAAGAAGCACACCUUCAUCCACACGGGCGAGAAGCCGCACAAGUGUCAGGUGUGCGGGAAGGCCUUCAGCCAGAGCUCCAACCUCAUCACGCACAGUCGCAAACACAGCGGCUACAAGCCCUUCGCGUGCCACCUCUGCAGCAAAGGAUUCCAGAGGAAGGUGGACCUGCGAAGGCACAAGGACACGCAGCACGGGAUCAAGUGACGGCCACGCGCAAGCAAAACUUUGCUUCCGACCCGCCUCCCGUCUUCCGUCGUGGGACAAAAUAUGGACGGACGGGUGUGUCCUGAUACGCAAAUACGAAUAUCGUCGCUAUCUGAUGGACGAAAACAAGUCAAACAUCGAGGCUGGUAUCGAUAUCGAUAUCGCAAUGGAAGUAAAAUACAGGUUGGUAUCACUGAUACAGAUAUUGAUAUCGAUGCUUUCAAAAACUUGUUGAGUAAACGGAGAGUAACAAUAGACGUUUCAAAAGUACUGAUAUGGCAACGUCUCAUAUGGGCGAUACCACAUAUGUCCUUAUCGUAAAAAAGUCAAAGAGUUUGUUUUUAUUUCAUUUCUUCAGACUUCAUGCGCUCAUCGAGCCAUUGCAGCUGCAUCGCGGCUGUUUCGAUCUCUGUAACGUCUUGGCAAAAUGUGGUCAUGUCGUCGUACGAGCCGAUUCCCACCUCGUCAAAAGAGAAUCAUUCAUCAUUUAGUUUUAUUAAGAAACGUUAAGCACGCGUGCAAAAAAAAAAAAAAAAAAAAGAAAAAGAUCGCAAUCUUUUCUGUUUGUUGUCACUUGACCUCUGAAGUCAUGCUGGCAAAACAUCAAGUCAGAUUGGAGGAUUUCUUCUUCUUCCCUUUCUCACCAUUCAGCAGCUGUUUGUUUAUUAAAAAUGUUUUAUUUUUUUUGCCCUUUUGGACUGGUUUGACCAAACACAAUAAAUGUGAAAUGUGAUGAUGAUGAUUUAAUAAAAAACAAAUAU